AAGGAACGCGUUUCGCGUAGUAUCAAGAGCGAGCUCUGUUGUGAACAGGAUCGAGAAUCCUAAAAAUAGAAGCGAGCUCCCAAAAAGUAAAGAACGAGUUCCGAUCGAGAUCCCGGCUACAGAGCACCGGAGCGGGAGCGCCACCUUAGUUGAGCACUCCAUGUAACUAUGGUUUAUACCGCUAAUCUAGUUUAAGAUCUUGUAAUCAUUGGAAUGGACGGUCUAAAACACCAAUAUAUCCUAUCAUAGUUUAUCUAAAAUACAGAAGAUCAUUCCCCAUUAACCAAAUAUAUGCCAGAACCUCUUUAUUUAUUUAUUUUUUACUUUUUUGAAGAUAUAGUUUUAGCCUUUUAGGGGAUCUGGAUCACAGAUCCAUGAAAAGGAUCAGAGGUGGGUAAUCCACGUCACAUAAACAUUUUUUCAAACGGUAUUUUCUACUUUCACAGUCCAUGGACAUUUCCGGCCCUCUUUUUGAGCGGGACAUUUGAUUUUGCCAUUCGAUAACACCUAUCCCUCCAACUUCUCUAUAUCUACUCCUGGUUCAGAAGGCAGAAAAAAAAACAGGAUCAAUUAUUGUAUCUUCUCUCACCUGUUAUGCACAAACACCAACCAUAGUUCGGGCUCCAUGGAUGUAAAUGAUGGUGUAAAGGGUGCGGCUUCUUCUCUCAAUUCGUUAAUGGCAGUUUUCAGCAACCGUGUUGCCGAGUUGCAGGAAUUAGCGAUCGGCCGCAAUGUGCAUAUCGAGAGUUGUGUCUCAGAUCUGUCAGCUAUUGAUGCUGUGAUGAAGGGAUUGGAGUGUCAAAUGAAGGCAAUCAAGGACCGAUUGAAGGAGGAAGCUGAGGCUAUACCAAAGGCUAAGAAACUCAUAGAGCUCUCUUUGCAUCAGCAACAAAAACUGCAGCACAUGUUAACUCAUCUUCCAUCUGGCUUGCCACCUGUUGCUACUACCACAAGUGGUACCACCAAAUGUUUGCAGCAAGAGAAACUAAUCGGUAUUCCUAGCAUUGAACCUUCAAAGUUUGAGGGAGAUAUAGCAUUGCGAAAGGAGAAAAAAGGUCGUGGUCCUGUACCUCGCUGGUAUAUAACUGCUGAGGAGCUUGAUUCACUAUCUGCUUACAUGAGGGGGAGGCUUACCCUGGACAAACUAAACUAUGGUGUUGAUGAGAUGGCUGGCUAUGCUGCGGCCAAUGCCCAGCUAGUUGCAGCACCACGAAAGAAGGAACUCCGAGAUAUUGCAAUGUCAGAAGCCGUGAAGGGUAAGUACUUUUUUCUGGAGACAGACAUGAAAGGGCCGGGUCUGAAGCUUGACAACACUGGCAAAGCAAUAUUGACUGUCCUUCGGCAUCUUGGUCGUAUCCAUGAGACGAGAAUAGGACAUCAUCGGGUGAUAAUCCUCUCAAAACCUCAACCAUGACGGAGUUAAGCUGCCCAAGAUAAUCCACUAGCUAUGAUUACCAGCCUUAGUUCUCUUUCUUUUUCAUGUCCAAUUCUUGUUCUCCUGUUUAUCCCAUGACAAAAGGGCUGAUUUGAGAGUAACCCUCUCUGAUUUUUUAUUUUACUGGUCUUUUGGUUUUCGUUGUUUUUCUUUCCCAGUUCGUGCUUUAACGUCUAUCCCAUGACAAAAGCUGAAUUUGAUUCAUAAUGUGUGUUUUUGUGUAUCUGUAUUGGAAAAAGCUACUGAACUCUGUAGCGUUUCGAAGCCUCAACGACGCUCACAUAUCAUUUGCCAUCCAUUUCAAACAAGAAAAAAAAUGAAUGGUGGGGGUCUAUUUGCGCAA